AUGCCACCCAAACUCGACCCGAACUCACCGGCCAACCAGGCCCUCCACGCCCAAUUCACCAAACUCGGGCUCUCCCCCGCUACAGCCACCGAGCUCGUCCGGCAGCCCAAGCAGGGCGCGGCCGUCAAAGCUCUGAUUGAAGCGUAUCAGUUGGACAAGGAGACGCUGGAUGAGAAGACGGCGUCGGCGUUGGUGAAGCUGGCAGUGGGGGGUGGGAAGCUGGGCGAGGCGGAGAAGGGGUUUGCGGUUCAGAAGGUGAUUAAGGGGGAUGUUACGAGUAAUGAUCAGGUCACUGCCGCUAUAAAGUACCUGGAGCCAAACCCCGCCGGGACGCCCAUCAACGAAGCAGAGUUCGACAAGACCUGCGGAGUCGGAAUCAACAUCACAUCUUCGGAUCUCCCCUCGCUCAUUAAAUCCUACAUCUCGACCCUCCCUACCCCUCCUGAUAGCUGGACAAACUUUGGACCUCUCCUCGGCGGCGUCAAGAGCAGUACCUCUGACCUCAAAUGGGCCAACGCCGCCGACCUGAAAUCAUCCCUCGAAACGCUCUUCACAGAACUGUUCGGCACAAAAGAAGCCGCCGCCGCUGCCCGUGCACAAGCCAACGCAGCGGCCAAGGCCAAACCUACUGCGCCGAAAACAAAGCCUGCACCCGCGGUGGCUGCAGCGACGGCGGAGGGAUCGAGCGGGAGCGGUCCGGCCAUACCUACCAAUAUCUUCCAGGAGGGCUUCUUGGCGGAAUUCCACAAACCCGGAGAGAACCCGCAGAUCAAGCCAGAGCUCAAGGAGCGGCAUUUGGAAUGGACGAAGGGUGGGGUGUUGACGCGGUUUCCGCCUGAGCCCAAUGGGUAUCUGCAUAUCGGCCACGUCAAAGCCAUCAUGGUCGAUUUCGGGUACGCCAAAUUCCACGGUGGACGCUGCUAUCUCCGGUUCGACGAUACCAACCCCGAAAAGGAAGAAGGGCGCUACUUUCAGAGUAUCCUCGAAACGGUCCGAUGGCUCGGGUUUGAGCCGUGGAAAAUCACCUACUCGAGUGAUAAUUUCCAGAGAUUGUACGAGCUGGCGGUGGAGUUGACAAGGCGGGGGAAGGCAUAUGUCUGUACUUGCGAUGCGGAGAAGAUCAAAGAAGACCGAGGUGGAUCGCACGGAAACCCCGUCCCCUGCGUGCACAGGGAUCGACCCACCUCUGAAUCACUCGCGGAGUUUGAAAAGAUGUUCAAGGGGGAGUACGCCGAGAAGGCCGCGUGUUUGCGGAUGAAGAUGGACCUGAGCAGUGGGAAUCCGUACAUGUGGGAUACGGUCGCGUAUCGUGUCAAGAAGGCGCCUCAUCAUCGGACGGGAGAUAAGUGGAAGAUCUAUCCGACAUAUGACUUUACGCACUGCCUCUGUGAUUCUUUCGAGAAUAUCUCACACUCACUCUGCACCACCGAGUUCAUCUCUGCGCGAGAAUCGUACGAAUGGCUAUGCGACGCUCUCGAAGUGUACAAGCCGCGGCAGUACGAAUUCGCCCGUCUCAACCUCCAAGGCACCUUUUUGUCCAAACGGAAGAUCGCACGGCUCGUCACCGCCAAACUCGUCGGGGACUGGGACGAUCCCCGUCUCUACACGAUCAUCGCGCUCCGUCGUCGCGGUGUCCCUCCCGGCGCGCUCCUCCGCUUCGUUUCCGAGCUAGGCGUCACCGUCCAGGCGUCGACUACGGAACUACACAAAUUCGAAUCGACAAUCCGGUCCUUCCUCGAGGACUCGGCGCCGCGCCUCAUGAUGUGCUUGAAGCCCAUCAAGGUCGUCCUCACCAACGUGCCCGAUGACUACUGCGUCACGGUGCAGGUCCCCCUCCAUCCCAAAGUCCCCGCCAUGGGCAGCGUGGAGAGUCGGUUCGCCCGGGAAUUCUAUAUCGACGCGGACGACUUCCGGGUGGAAGACUCGCCCGACUAUUUCCGGCUCGCGCCGGGCAAGUCGGUCGGUCUCUUCAAGGCGCCCGCACCCGUCACGUGCACGUCGUACACGCUCGCUUCGGACGGAUCGGUCUCCGAGAUCCAGUGCGUCUUGGAGGACGCAGCGACGGCCAAGAAGGCCAAGGCGUACAUCCAGUGGGUGAACGCCAAGGAGGCGGUCCGGAUCGAUGAGGUCCGAUACUUUCAUCCCCUCUUCCGCUCGGAUCCGCCCCCCGCGGACUUUGAGCACGACGUCAAUGCCGACUCGGUACAGGUGUACAAGGGGGCGGUGGUCGAGCCGGCGUUUUACGGGUUGGCGGGCAAGCUGUUGGGUGAUGCAAAGAGGGAGAGUGAGGAGCGGACCGCCAAGGCCAAGAAGGAGAUGGAGAGCCAGAGUAGGGUCGAAGGAGACGAGGACGAGCCGGUUGUUUUGGCGGACAGUCUGUAUGGGGUGGAGAACGUCAGAUUUCAGGGAAUGAGGUUGGCGUAUUUCGCGUUGGAUAGGGAGAGCGAGGUGAGGGGGUUGAAGGAGGGGACGGCGGGUAAAGAGGUGAAGGAGGGGGAUCGGAUCGUGCUUAAUAGGAUUGUGAGCUUGAAGGAGGAUACGGGCAAGAAGGCGUAG